AUGUCGGCCUCACAAGCAGACUACAGGGACAGGCAAUUUCUUGCCGUGAUCGGUGAUGAGGACUCAGUGACCGGUUUACUCCUCGCCGGCAUUGGUCAUGUCACGGCAGCCCCAGACUCGCAAAAGAACUUCCUGGUGGUGGACAGCAAGACAGACAAUGCCACCAUCGAAUCCACGUUCGACAAGCUCAUUGAGCGCAAGGACAUUGGCAUUGUCCUGAUCAAUCAACAUGCAAGUUGCAUCUCUAUCGCCGACCGUAUACGCCAUCGCAUCGAUACCUACACCGCUGCCUUCCCAACCAUCCUGGAAAUACCAAGCAAAGACCACCCCUACGAUCCUGAGAAGGACAGCGUCUUGAGGCGGGUGCGCCGGCUGUUUGGAGAAUAA